AUGGCAGUUCACCUCAACGCUCUGGUGGCCGAGCGCUUUUCCGCCGCGCUGGCCCAGGCUGAGACUGUGGACCGGCAGAUUGAGGCUUCACAGGGCGAUCCUGUCAAGUCUUGGCCGCCGUUUCUGGGCGUCCCCAUUAUUUUGAAGGAGGCUCUCGAAUACCCGGGCUUCCCCUACACCAAUGGCCUGCUAUGCCGCAAGG